GCCCUUCCUUUCUGUCAGUAUUAUUCAAAUUAUUGCGUGGCGUAUCGAAAAAAAUCUAACAGCCAUUUCUGUGCAAAAAAACGUCCAUAUUUGAAAGAUUUUUGUCAACACAAUGUAUUCAAAAGCCUUGGAAAAUGUAGUUCUCUAUGUUUUUCUUGUCAGUGGAGUGUUUGGGAUACAACAAAUAUGUAACCCUAGUGUCGUAAAUUGCCCACCAUUCAGUUGCAAUGGGAAUGACACAUGUCUUCAAAUUUGUGCUAAUAGGCAAUGUCCAGAGAUGGCAUGCAAUUCAGGAAGCAGUUGUCAGCAGAUAUGUUUCAACUGUAGCAGCACUAUGACAUGUUCUUCAAAAAGUUGCAAGCAAAGCUGUUCAUCAAGAAAUUGUAAUAUGAAAUGUUCUCCAAAUGUUGAAACUUGUGAGCAAUUAUGCCCAGAGAAUUCAACUUGUAACAUUGAGUGUGACAAAGAUAAGACUAAUUGCGAAACAGAAUGUAAAGGUAACUGUCCAGGAAUAGAAAAACCCAUACAAGAAAAUGAAAUAUGCAGUGACAAAGUUUGCAAUAUAACUUGCAAAAAUGGUUGUGAAAAAAAGAGUUAUACAUGUCGGUCUGAAGAAUGUCGUAUGAGUUGUGAUGGUUGUACUAUGAUUUGUGAAAAUACAGUUAAGAGAUGUCAUCGAACAUGUAUUGGUGAAAACCCAUGCAAAGGAGAAUGUAAAGCGGAAAAAUGCUACAAACAAGGAAAGUUUCGUAAUUCAUCUUUUAUUUGUAGAUUGAAUAACUUUGCACUAAUUUUUGCAUUACUGCUUUUAUACAUGUUAAAUGAUUAAUUUUCAGUUACACAAUAUUUGAAAAUAAGUCAUUUGAAAUGGUGGUUAUUGAAGUGUGAAAUAAUUGGUUAAUUUCUUAAAUAUCACUUGCAUGCCUUGCAUAAACUUAUAGACAUGAAAAUUUUUAAAUGGAUAUUGAAUUGUGUUUUGUGCAUGCUAUCUUUUUAUGUUUAAAAUUAUGUUGGUAACAUGUGUAAACCUUAUCUAAGAUAGCAUUUAUUUUAGUUGGAACAAUAAAGUCUUCAUGGAAUCAAA